AGCAAUCUGUCUCUUCUCUCACCAGCCAUGUCGACCUUCACCCCAGAGCCCACAGACAACGUCUGCAUCGCGACUAUCCGCACCCUUGCCGCGGACGUCGUCACGAAAGCAAACUCGGGCCACCCAGGGGCACCCAUGGGCAUGGCCCCCGCCGCCCAUGUCCUCUUCACUAGAUUUUUUAACGCCAACCCGAAGAACUCCAAGUGGUUUAAUCGUGAUCGGUUCGUUUUGUCGAAUGGACAUGCCUGUGCCUUGCAGUACAUACUUCUCCAUCUCCUCGGCUACAAGCUGUCUAUGGAUGAUCUCAAGGCUUUCCGUCAGUUGGACUCCCUGACCCCUGGUCAUCCUGAAGCCAAUCAUACGGACGGUAUCGAGGUCACCACUGGUCCACUCGGGCAAGGUUUUGCCAACGGUGUCGGACUGGCCAUAGCACAAGCACACCUUGGUGCAGUCUACAACCGCGAUAACUUCGACCUUGUCAACAACUAUACUUACGUCUUCACUGGCGAUGGCUGUCUUAUGGAGGGUGUGGCUAGCGAGGCUGCUUCGCUUGCGGGACACCUGCAGCUUGGUAACCUCAUCGUUGUGUACGAUGAUAAUCAUAUCUCCAUCGAUGGCGAUACCGCUGUUGCUUUUACCGAAAACGUUGAGCAGCGAUUUUUGGCGUAUGGCUGGCAAGCCCUUCACGUAAACGAUGGAGACAGUGAUCUUGCUGGCAUCUACAACGCAAUUGCCGCGGGCCGCGCCGAGAAGAACAAGCCUACAAUCAUUCGACUCAGGACUACCAUCGGUUUCGGCUCCAAGCAACAGGGUACUCAUGGCAUCCAUGGCUCCCCUUUGAAGGCAGAUGACCUGAAAGCAUUGAAAGAAAAAUUCAAUUUCCCGUCCGACCAGACUUUCCAUGUCCCCGAACAAACGUACGCAACUUAUCAUGCCGUCGCUCAAAAGGGCGCCAAGCUCGAGGGCGAUUGGAACAGCCUUCUGCAGAAGUACAAGCAAAGCUACCACAAAGAGCAUGCAGAACUCGUCCGUCGUAUCGAGGGCAAGCUCCCAGACGGCUGGGAAAAGUCACUCCCAGUUUACAAACCCGCCGACGCUGCGCAAGCCUCACGUAAAUUGUCCGAGAUUGUCUUGACCUCUGUCAUCCCCAUUCUUCCUGAACUCAUGGGCGGAUCGGCCGACUUAACCGGCAGUAACUUGACGAAGGUCAAGAGCUCUGUUGAUUUCCAGCAUCCGAGCACCAAGUUGGGAACGUACGCUGGCACUUACAUCCGCUUUGGUGUGCGCGAACAUGGUAUGGGCGCCAUCGCCAAUGGUAUGGCUGCGUAUGGUGCGAUCGUGCCCUUCGUGGCUACCUUCAUGAAUUUUGUCUCAUACGCAGCUGGUGCCGUUCGGUUGUCUGCUCUCAGCAAGCACCAAGUCAUAUGGGUCGCGACUCACGACUCCAUCGGUCUUGGCGAGGAUGGUCCUACGCAUCAGCCUGUCGAAACUGCUGUACAUCUGCGUGCCAUCCCGAAUCUGGACUUCUGGCGCCCCGCGGACGGUAACGAAACCUCUGCUGCUUACUAUGUGGCCCUCAGCCGCAAGAGAACACCUUCUGUGCUGUCCUUGUCACGUCAGAACCUGCCCAACUUGGAGGGCUCGUCGAUUGAGCGCGCAUCUCGGGGUGGCUAUGUCCUUCAUGAGGUUCAAAACGAAGACCUCACCAUCGUCAGCUGCGGUAGCGAGGUCCCGAUCGCCCUUGAGGCUGCCAGCAAGCUACAAGGGGAAGGGCUGAAAGUCCGCAUUGUCAGCUUGCCGUGUUGGUCAAUCUUCGACCAGCAGGACCAGGAGUAUCGUUUGAGCGUGCUUCGGAGCGGUGCACCCAUCCUCUCAUUGGAGGCCCUAACGACCACUGGCUGGCAAAAGUACAGCCACGAGCAGUACGGUCUGCCAGGCUGGGGUGCUUCUGCUCCUUACCAGAAGGUAUAUGAGAAGUUCGGUAUCACUGGUAGCAACAUCGCUGUGGUCGGUAAGAAGGUCAUUGACUUCUACAGGAAGAAGGGUGGAGAGGUGGUCUCGCCUUUGGUCAAGGCACUUUGAAGGGACGAAUGAUGAUCUAUUUAGAAGCACCUCUUGAGCAAACAAACACACAAUGUCGUGUACUAUCCUGUAACUUCUUGCUAGAUGGACUCCGCCCUCAUUUCCGAGUGGAUGGCUGAUGGUGUUGCACGGAAUAUGUAAAUGGCGGUAGUGUAUCACCAGUCUUCUAUAUGCGAAUAAUAUGUCUACUUGCGCUUCACUUCCAAGUUAUCCCAAGCUGCUCUCUCGCUCUCUUCAGUGAUGACGGCUUCAACGUGGGGCUUAAGGUAUCGCUUGUCCUCGCUGACGGGUGUCCAUUUUUCCUUGGGCAAAGCCUUGUGGAGAACAGAUUGCUGAGAGGCGACCUUGAAACGGUAGGCCCGGUCAUAGUACUCGCGCGGCGAUAGACGAGCCAAGGCGCGCUGCACUUCAGGGAACUCCUCGAUCUGAAGGUCGUCAGCCUUGAGGCCAAGCUUUCUGUAGCCCAUAAGGUCGGUGUACCAGGCGGCAACGGGCUGGGCCCACUUUUUGAGGGUACGAGAGGAGCGCACGUAGGACGCGAGCGAGGGACCGAGGGCGUUCAUCUUCUCUUCAGUCUAACGUAGUUUCUUG